AUGGUAGUGCACGGAGACGAACAAAAUGUGACGUACGAGGAACUGGCCACUUUCGUGGACACAUUCGGUGCGAGGCCGUCCGGCAGCAAAAGCUUAGAAGACUCGAUCGACUACAUGUUGGACGUGCUACGCAUGCAUGGACUAGACUCUGUGCACGCGGAGAAGGCUGGGGUAAUAAACUGGCAGAGGGGUCACGAGGAAGCGUGGAUGAUGGAGCCCAGGAUGAAGAGAAUGGACAUUCUGGGCUUGGGAAACAGUGUGCCCACGCCGGCAGGUGGCAUCACGGCACCCGUGCUGGUCGUUGGAUCCUUCAAAGAACUCGAGAAGAAGUCAAGGCAGGGUAAAAUUGUCGUUUUCAACCAAGAGUACGUAUCCUACGAGGAUACGGUCAACUACCGCACGCACGGGGCCACGGCAGCAGCGAAGGCAGGAGCCGUUGCCGCACUCGUCCGCUCCGUGACUCCUUUGUCGAUCAACAGCCCACACACAGGUUACAUGGAGUACGACGAAAACACCACCAGGAUACCGGCUGCAUCUAUCACCGUCGAGGACUCCGAACUCUUCGCACGUCUGCAAGCCCGAGGAAUCGAGCCAGUCGUGAAGCUUGUGAUGCGAGCCAAGUUGCUUCCGCCGGCGGUUUCUCGGAACACAAUUGCGGAAAUUCGCGGCAAAAGCAAACCGGAAGAGGUCGUUCUGCUUUCUGGUCACUUGGACUCCUGGGACGUCGGUCAAGGUGCCAUGGACGACGGUGCUGGCGCCUUCAUCUCGUGGCGGGCUCUUGCUGUUCUUCGACGUCUGGGCCUCAAGCCUCGACGCACGCUACGCUGCGUUCUCUGGACCGGAGAGGAACAAGGUAUCACAGGCGCACUGGACUACUUCCGCCGCCACUUUGCACGUGAGCACCACCUCAUGAACCUCGUCAUGGAAUCCGACUCCGGAACGUUCCGUCCUUUGGGCCUCGGCUUCUCGGGCUCCAACGGUCGUGCUCGUUGCAUCGUGGCGGAGGUGCUCCGCUUGUUCGCGUCCAUUAAUGCGACGCAACUUGCACUCCGAGCUUCGGAGGCCGACGUUUCGCCCUGGAAUGAAAAGGGCGUGCCGGCCCUGUCUCUGAGCACGGCUAACGACAAGUACUUCUACUUCCACCACACCGAGGCGGACACGAUGAGCGUGUUGGACCGGCACGAACUGGACCUCUGCACAGCCCUCUGGGCGGCUGCUUCGUAUGUUUUUGCUGACCUCACCAUUCGCCUUCCUCGAUGACAGAAUCACUUGAAGGCCCCGUUGAUGAAAGCCUGCUA